AUGGAUGAUCGAAGCGACGAGGUGCUGGCAGUGGCCAUUUUGUUCUUCAUUCUAUGCUGGAUCACUGUAUCUCUUCGGGCAUAUUGCCGUAUACGGGUCAUCCAUUCGGUCGGAAUAGAUGACAAGUUAUUACUGCUGCUCUUAGCUAUCUUCACAGCGUAUCUGGCGUCGCAAUUCGUGACGUGGAAGCAUGGCACAGGGAGACACGCGACGGACAUAUCAGCUGAAAACACAUCUAUAGCAUUGAAGAUCAACCCUAAGUAUUGGUACAUAUGCGAGCUCCUCUACAUCGUCUCAACAUGUCUGUUGAAAAUCAGCGUCGGAUUUCUCCUCCUACGUAUCACCAUCGAGCGAAUGCACGUCUACGUCCUCCGCAUUUUGAUGCUAGGAACAGUCCUUUUCGGCAGCACAUAUUUCUUCAUGGUCAUGUUCCAAUGCCGACCCGUAUCAGUCUUUUGGAACGAGAACCCCCGUACGCCUGGGAAGUGCUGGAACGACCGCGUCGUUCUCAUAAUGACUUACACGGCAGCCGCGAUCAAUUGCCUCGCGGAUUGGGCUUUUGGCAUCCUGCCGAUAUUUAUUGUUUGGUCGCUCAAUCUUCCACUCAAGUCCAAGGUUUUGGCCAUGCUCAUCCUAGGCUUCGCAGCGAUUGGCAGCACUGCAACCAUUGUGCGAAUCUUUUAUUUGCAUCACCUCACCGAUAGCAAUGACUUCCUUUGGUCGACAACCGACGUUGCCAUCUGGAGUACUGUCGAGCCUGGAAUCGGAAUCGCGGCUGCCUCAGUCGCAACAUUACGGCCUCUUUGGCAACUCAUCUGCUACAGAUCCGGUCUCUCAGACGAGGCCCCGGCCAACCUCCGCUGGCGCGAGCGGAACCGCGGAAAGAGGACUUAUAUUCGAUCGGAAGGGUCUGGCUCAAAACGCACACCUCGCCUUCGGCCGGACAUCGACACAAGCUUAACAAAUAUCACAAUAGAAGCAAGCGAUACGCUCUCACCAAAGGAGCACUUCUCGCCGAGGCUCAGUGCCGUGUCGUCUCAGGCGGGAAUUACCAAGACGACGGAAUUCGUUGCUUUUGGUUCCACUCAGCCCUCGCCCCCUCUACCACUUGAGGCUUCCCGUUCACUAUACAGUGUCACCUUGGCCGCAGCACUUCGCACAGAUUUGGAAGAAGAUGGCCGGUCCAUUUUCCAUGCAAUCAGAAACAACGACUUCCAGCUCAUGGAAAAGAUCCUUCGCUCGCCAAAAUUCGACAUUAACAAGGCCUACCAAAUCUCAGGAAAGGACACGCAUAUGCUGCAACACGCUGUUCAACAUGCUUCCGUGCAGAUGUUCAAGACUCUGACAAACCCGAACCUGUACCAGGCAUUUUUGAGCCACACAGAAAAUCACCCUUGGACUAAUGAGCAAGGCUCUCACAGCAAUCUUCUCACAGAAGCAACCAGGUAUGGUAGAUCCGACCUGAUUAACUUCAUUGUGGAGUGUCUCGGAGUCCAGUCACUACUGGCCGGCUGGCCCGCCUACCUUGAACCUCAACGCCUCUGGGACCUCAACAACACAUCGCUUGUCGCGGGGCUCUCCGGGAGGAAAAUUGCGGUAGACCCCGACACGAUCUAUUUGUUGUCCCAAUACUGUAAUCCAGAUACCUUCAUCGGCGUCAACGGAAGCCCCCCAUUUGAGCUCAAGAGCCGUUGCCCAGUGGCUCCGUACGCUGUUCCUCACUCCUCGCCAUCUAGACCGCGACAGUGGUUCUCCAAUUCUCUGCAUAUGGCAUUGUUGCAGCGGCAACACCCGGAAGCUAGGCAACACGUGCGACUGGAAACUCUUGAGGCUUGGCUCCAAGUUGGUGUGGAUGUUAACCAGCAAGAUGGCGGGCUUGUAGAUAUUGAGCACGCAAAUCCCUUGGUGAGCUACUUCCGGAGACCGCUUGACUUCGCAGCUGAAGGUUUAGACAUCGAAGGAAUGGAAUUCUUGAUCAGUAGGUGGGGAGCAACGGGUAGCAUCCUGGGCAUUGACAACGGCUCUCUCACAGCCUCAGUGAGGUGCACGGAUGUUACCACAAUGUCACUGCUGAUCGGCCACAGGCUUUGGUCUCAUUUCGAGGAAAGAGGCUUCUCUGUCCUCUUACCGGACCGGGACAUUCAACUGCCGGCUGGUUCCACGUAUCAGGAACUGAUGUUGCGUGUGCACCAAGAGCGAGCAUCUUUGAUAGCAGCAGCACCCGAUCUGAAGAGCUCCCUCUCUGCAGUUGAAGACAAAAUAUGCGCCGGGAUGAAUAUUCUUCUAGAGGAAAUCGGCCAGGAUCGUCUACCUCUCAUUGAAGAAGAGUCGACGGGGCUACCUGUAGAGGUGUUCUCUUUCUUGCACGAUGAAUUCUUGGAAUCCCCACAGAUCGCUAACUCACUUGUUAGAUGUUUUGGCAACGAGUGGAUUAACCAAAGGGACUGGAACUCUCGUGCUCCGCUUCUGCAACUCCUAUCAGGAAUCGCGCCAGUAGACGAGCACAAAUUCUGGGGCAUGGGUAACGAUCAGGCUUGGUACAUUCGGCAGGCAUUCCACAAGCCACGCCUUGUCCGUUGGUUGCUGGAGAACGGUGCGGAUCCCAACGCUCGAGACGUCGAGGGCGUUUCACCGCUUCGCUACGCUCUAUUCCGAAUGGACUUUGAGGCAAGGUAA